UAUUUGUACAUGGCUUUGUAAGAGCUAGUGAAGGCCUAGUCUGGCCAGAAUCCACAGUAUGCCAUGAAAAUGCAAGGGGCUUCUGUUAGAGUAAUUCUGUUAGGACCCGGAAGCUCUCCAGUGGUUCAUCACUGCCUACUUCCUUUGUGCCCCUUUGUGUUCUCUGCCAGCAGGCUCUCGGACAAAAGUCAAGAUGGAGAUCUAACUCUGCAAGAACUUCUUAACCUAACUUUGUUGCAGAGGGGAUUUGAUCCAUUGCCUCCGCUUGUUCUCAGCUCCCUACUGCAGCUACCAGCUUUCUUGGUGCUACCAAGUCAGCCGAUACCAUGGACGUGUUUCAGAAAUGAUUUUCUUUUAAUAAUUGGAUCAUUCCACAAAUCUGAUUUGAAACAUGGCUGCAUGUUUCAGGUAUUUGAAAUAAUCAGCUAGGAAGCAGUAACAUGAGACAUGGAAUCUGUGAAAGAGAACAACGUGGAACUGCAUCCCUAGGAAAAAAAACUAGUUUCAAAACCUGCAGAUGUGCUAACGAGACCGUCCUCGUUGGGCAGAGCACUGUUACGAUGGGUGCUCUGUGUAGUGAUGCUCCAAGUUACGUUUUUCCAUCAGCAAAUCUGACUCAACUAAAUUCCUUCUCAUCUUCCAUCUCACACAUUUCCCAUGCCUUCCUCCAUCCUAACACUGAAGGUUUGUGAUCUGUAGCAUAGAAUAAAUCCCACAGAUGAGCCACAUCAUUCAAGUCUAGUUAGAACACAAGCAACAGAAGGUGUACAUUUGUCAUCCUUUACUGUGUGCUCCUACUUCAUCCCUAUUGUUCUCAGGUUUGAAGAAAAUCCUCACAGGAUGUUUUCUAGAGCCUCAGACAUUGCUACAGCUAUUCACUGACAUCUUCAAAGUGCAGUAUUUCAUUUUCAAAGUAACAGAAAUGAUGUUUCCAGGUAACAUCUUUGCCUUCAGUCCUCCUACAAAGGACAAGGAAAUCUGAUAGAACCCAGAAGAGAAUGUAGAUGAGAGGAAGCACACUUGGGGCAAACACAAGAGACGUGGCCAGGAAUUCAGUUCUGCUUCUUUUCUGUUACACCACACCAUAUAACAGGAAAAGGGCUAUUUUUUGGAAAGGGAAAGUCCUGAGCCAUUACAGCUACUAGUUUUUAGAAGGAAUGAUGUUAAUGCCACAGCAGAAAAAUGAAAUGAGAAACACACAAUUCCCUGCACAACUUCAUUAUACAUAGAAAGGAACUCAGCAACAGAUGUAUGCCGUUUUCAUGGUGUUGUAGACUGUUAUCUUACAGGCACACCGUGUUUCCAAGGAAUUUGAAUACACGUCAGACUGCAUUUACAGAAAUAGCACAGCACAGAACAAAUAUCCCUAUAUAAAUAUCCUAUAUAAGGUGCUUCAGAAAGCAGCAGUUUGGUGAAGCAGCAAAGGUAACCCGGAGAAGUUUCAGAGCAUUUCUAAGCUUUCGCCAGUUUCCCUCUGUAAUUUCUCUCUGCUAACCUAUCUGCUCCAGUUAUUACAUCUCAGUUAUAGAAGAAAACACAAAACAACUGCAUAUCAUUCAAAUCAGGAGAAAUAAAGCACCACCUAACGAAGACAAUCAUGUUUCUCAGACUUGCUCUGCUAGGAAUUCUCCUUCUCAGCAUCCUCGGGACAGAAACUGCUCAGGCUGGCUCUAGUUUUUUAAGCCCCGCAUAUAAAAACAUACAGCAACAAAAGGAUACAAGAAAACCAACAGCAAGAUUACAUCCCCGAGGCACAGAAAGCUUUUGGGAUACAGAUGAAACAGCGGGAGAAGAUGACAAUAACAGUGUUGAUAUUAAGUUUAAUGUUCCUUUUGAAAUUGGUGUCAAGAUAACAGAAAGAGAGUAUCAAGAAUAUGGGCAAGCAUUGGAGAAGAUGCUACAGGACAUUUUUGAAGAGAAUGCUAAAGAAACUCAGACAAAAGACUAAAGCAAGCUGAAGGACAUCCACAGCACUAGAUGGCCUGAUUUGAAUUUUACUUUAAAACGAACUGAAUUUACAUCUCUACGAAGAAAGGAGGACAUGAACUUGAGUAGUUUGUUUGCUCUAAGAAAAAGACAAGAAUCUACAAGCAAAACUUCAAAGGGUAAUGUGAAUCACAGGCUGACAUGUAGACUUAUUUUAUUUCCUUCUUUAGUAUCUACUGUGAUUAUUUUAAAUGACAUAUUUGAAAGCUAUAUGAAUUCUUUCCGAAACUGAUGGAAACUCCAUCUUAUGCUUCUACAGACAUCUGUAACAGAAUAAAGCUUAUGCUGAA